AUGAAAUUGCACCAUUUCAGCGGUGUGGUGAACCAUGCAUGCGAGCUGAUCUGCGAAUUCGAGCAAAAGAGGGCCAGAAUCACAGCGCUAGCCCUACGAGCUGCCUUUGGUCCAUCGACACCAUUCCAUUGCUUGACGUUCACCACAAAACAUGCAGCAAGUUGUGCACUGACACACAUCGAUUACUCGUCUAUUCCUUAUCUUGGACAUUUGCCAACAGAUUUAAUUGGACGGUCAAUAUUGGCAUUCGUCUAUGCUCCCGAUGUUCAUGUUGUUCGCCAAGCUCAUGUUGAUUUGCACAAUUCACGGGGUCGAGUGGUGAAGAGUGUGGCUCCGUUGCGCUUUGUUGCGUACAAUGGGGCUUUGUUGAGGGCUGAAACCGAAUGGUCAGCCUAUGUGAACCCAUGGACCAGGAAAAUCGACAUGGUCGUCGCUCGGCAUAGGAUAAUUGACGCCUCCCAUUGGAGACGCGAACGUUCUGGAUUCUCCGGCCAACGGCCAAUCGCUGCACGUGCUGCCGAAACCUAUGGCCAAGACCUUUGA